AGAUAUGAAUAGGAGUAGUAAUAGAUUUACCCAAUGAAAUUACAGACUAUAUAUUACGCCAGCCAAUGAAAUUUCGACACGACAAGCACUGAUCAGUAAGUAGAAAGUACACGCGUAUGGGCAUUCAGCACUUUAUUUGACAGGUGGAAAAGAAAUAAGUUGAAGAUUUCAAGAAAUCGUGAAAAGACUCAAGUAGAGUUUACAGAUUCAAAAUGAAGAAGUUAUUAUAUUUAGGGUUAGCCAUUUUGUUGGUAACAUGGGUUAGGGCUGAUGAUGAUGAAGGUGAAAAGAAAAAAGACAAGGAAAGUGUUGGAACUGUGAUUGGGAUUGAUCUUGGAACCACAUAUUCAUGUGUUGGUGUGUUUAAAAAUGGACGUGUUGAAAUCAUAGCCAAUGACCAGGGAAACCGUAUCACCCCUUCGUAUGUUGCUUUUACCGCAGAAAGUGAGCGUUUAAUUGGAGAUGCUGCCAAGAACCAGCUGACCUCCAACCCAGAGAACACAAUUUUUGAUGUCAAGCGCUUGAUUGGCCGUACAUGGGAUGACAAAUCAGUCCAAAAAGACAUUCAGUAUUAUCCUUUCCAAGUCACCAAUAAAAAUGGUAAACCUCAUAUCAGUGUGAAAGUUAGUGGCGAAAACAAGCUGUUUGCUCCCGAGGAGGUGUCUGCUAUGGUUCUUGGAAAAAUGAGAGAAAUCGCUGAAGGAUUCUUGGGCAAAAAAAUCAUCAAUGCUGUCAUCACUGUUCCUGCUUACUUCAAUGAUGCUCAGCGCCAGGCCACAAAGGAUGCUGGUGUCAUUGCUGGUCUUAAUGUUAUGAGAAUUAUCAAUGAACCAACUGCUGCUGCUAUUGCAUACGGUCUGGACAAAAGGGAGGGAGAAAAGAAUAUUCUGGUUUUUGAUCUUGGUGGCGGCACCUUUGAUGUAUCUCUGCUGACCAUUGAUAAUGGUGUGUUUGAGGUUGUGUCCACCAAUGGUGACACUCAUUUGGGAGGAGAAGACUUUGAUCAGAGAGUCAUGGAACACUUCAUUAAGCUCUACAAGAAGAAGAAGGGAAAAGACAUCAGGAAAGACAACCGUGCAGUUCAGAAACUCCGUCGUGAGGUAGAAAAAGCCAAGCGAACCCUUUCAUCACAGCAUCAGGCUAAGAUUGAAAUUGAAUCACUCUUUGAUGGAGAAGACUUCUCCGAAACCAUCACCCGUGCCAGAUUUGAGGAACUUAACAUGGACUUGUUCAGAUCCACAAUGAAACCAGUGAAACAAGUCUUGGAGGAUGCUGACCUGAAAAAGGAAGACAUUGAUGAGAUUGUCUUGGUUGGAGGUUCCACUAGAAUUCCCAAAGUACAACAGCUGGUCAAAGACUUUUUCAAUGGAAAAGAGCCUAACCGUGGAGUGAACCCAGAUGAGGCUGUUGCUUAUGGUGCUGCUGUGCAAGCUGGUGUAUUGAGUGGAGAGGAAGACACUGGUGAUCUUCUGCUGUUAGAUGUUAACCCCUUGACUAUGGGUAUCGAGACCGUUGGUGGAGUCAUGACCAAACUUAUUCCCCGUAACACAGUUAUCCCCACCAAAAAAUCCCAGAUCUUUUCCACAGCUGCUGAUAACCAGCCAACUGUGACCAUCCAAGUCUUCGAAGGAGAGCGUCCAAUGACAAAGGACAACCAUGUGCUUGGUAAAUUUGAUCUAACUGGAAUCCCACCUGCACCCAGAGGCGUCCCACAGAUUGAGGUGACAUUUGAAAUUGAUGUAAAUGGAAUUUUAAAGGUCACAGCUGAAGACAAGGGAACAGGAACCAAAAACCACAUUGUUAUCCAAAAUGAUAACAACAGACUGUCACCAGAAGACAUUGAGAGAAUGAUCAAUGAUGCUGAAAAGUUUGCUGAUGAAGACAAGAAAGUCAAGGAAAAAGUAGAAUCAAAGAAUGAAUUAGAAAGCUACGCAUAUUCUCUUAAAAACCAAAUAGGAGAUAAAGAAAAAUUAGGAGGAAAAUUGAGUGAUGAAGAUAAAAAGACAAUUGAGGAUGCUGUUGAUGAGAAAAUUAAAUGGAUGGAAUCUAAUGCUGAUGCUGAAGUAGAAGACUUAAAAGCACAAAAGAAAGAGUUGGAAGAAGUUGUGCAGCCAAUAAUGAGCAAACUUUACCAAGGAGCAGGUGGUGCUCCACCCCCAUCAGGGGAGGAGGGAGCUGAUGAAAAAGACGAGUUAUAAAGACAGUUUCUUUAGGUUAUUCGAUCAACUUUCCAUUUUUUAUUCCUCAUCAGUCAGUGGCCCACUGCAAAAUUCUUGAUUAAGUUUUAUGUUUCAGUGCUAAGGUACAUGUUAUUGUGUGUAUAGAAAGGUCUCCUCAAUUAUAUUGCAUCCUUUAAAGUAUUUUUUUAUUGACAUAUUGGAUUGUAUGUGUUUUCAUUUCUUUCGUGUUAGGGGCCAUUCCAUUCUCAAGAAGAAUGCUUGUGUUAGAGAAAAUCUCAUGCAGCAUAAUUAAUUUGUUUUUACCGAUCAUGCAUCAUGUAUAUCACAACAAGAUUUCAUGUUGUUGAGUUUGAUGUAGAAUACAAGUGGUAGAAGUGUUGCAGUUUCUCAUGAUGAAGGUGUGAAGAGUAUGUUAUGAAGGAUAUAGCUCAUACAAAAUGAAGAUGCUGCCAAAUUUACUGCAAAUCGCAUCCAGUAAAAAUUGAAUCUUCUGCUCUAUUUAUUGACAGCUGUGUGUGAAUGAGUAUGCGUUGUGUGACUGUCUUGGGAAUACAAGUAAAUUUUGAACAAGGUGUGAUGGAUGAAAUCCAUGUAUACAUGUAAAUGUGUUGUUGUUAUGGAUACAUGUAUAUGAUGGAUAUUUAAUAAAUUUCUAAAAAUUAAAA